ACUUUUUCUGUCUCACCGUCUCAGUUCUUACCUAGGUGGGAUACGCUCCACAGUGUCGUUCUUUGGACUAACGCUCGAUAGUGCUGAAAUAUCCAAGUUUUCUUCUUGGACUUCUGGUGACUUGAACAUCCAAGCCUAGCUGCCGAGCGUGCGCACAAUGUGUGGGGAUGACUGAGCUUGCCCCAGACGCCAGAGCCCACAGUGAAAUUCAUGUCGACCAAAAGCCCCCGCACCCAGUGGGUCAAGGCCAUGCUCAAGGUCAACUGCCAGGUCAGCGGUACCAUGGCGGGAAAGCCUGGUGGAGUGUGGGCGAACUUAUGCACCAAGGUUUGACCCACCAGUCCGUGGGACUUAGUCUGGGUCACAAUGAUGAGGAAACCUGGGACCUCAGCGACUCAUUGGCUGACCUCUACCAGGCCGUGACCAGGAAGGAGCAGAAGGCCGCCAGCAGGCUCAAGAGCCACACCGUGAGCCGCAGUACGGGCCAGAGCAUCACAGACGGCAACACGGUGGACAUACAGAGGUGGCUGGACGAUGACACAAACAAUGGGUUUAUCCGUGUGUUCACCUCAGACACCGACCCCCACGCCCGCCUGUUCCCCUGCACCGUGACGACCCCCGCCCAGAAGAUAUGCCUGCAGCUGGCCAUCCCGGGCAACUCCCUGCACGUCCAGUUGAGCGGUGACGUCAUUCGACGGAUGGAACCAGUUGACUGUCCAUUGGCUAUUCAGAACGAUUACCUGGCUGGACUCGGCUACAGAGACAUCAGGUACAUACAGGAGGCGGGGCCAAAGGAGGAUCUGGCAUUUCUGGUCCGGUUCUAUUCAGGUAAACCACUUUCCUUGUCUGACUUCACCUACUCAAGAAACCACCUGUCUACCUACGCCUACAUCCGCAAGGGCAAGCUGCUCCACCAGUGGGUGAGACGACUGUGUGUAAUCUCGGGUACAAGGAUGCUCAUACACAGAGAGAAGGGGACAGAACCCACUGUAGUGCAGCUAGCUCGAGGUGCCGUGGAGGAGGUGACCAUUAAAGGCCAGUCUCUUGUUCUAAAAAUAACAAGCACCCACCAGGGCGAGAGGUCAAUGUACAUGUCAUUUGUUUCACAAGACGACUACAAUAAAUGGUUCAAGAAAAUUAAAAAGGCGACGGCCAAGCUACCAAGUCGAGCUGAUCUCUCCAACUGCCAUCUUGAAUUUUUACCGGAAACAGUUUUUAUCAACUCUGACCUGGACACGUUGAUCCUACGUCACAACGCCCUGAAGGAGCGACCCAUAGAGGAGGACAUCUACACCAUCGGCUGGCUGGAUGACCUGCCACGGUUCACCGGUCUCAGGAGUCUGAACCUGGCAGACAACCAACUGACCAGCUUCCCCGCCUCGCUGUGCCAGAUCCGAUCUCUGAUGGAGCUCAACCUGGCUAGCAACAAGCUGGAUGAGAUCCCCGCACAGAUCGCUGAGUUGACCAACCUACAGAUCCUACACCUCCACAACAACAGACUGACCAGCCUACCGGAGGAGCUGACACUGAUGAAGAAGCUGGCUGUGGUGGUCUUAGCCUUCAACAAAUUCUCACAGAUACCCACAUUACUCCUGCAGCCAAAGCAGGCUCUGUUUCUGGUUGACAGCAUCAUCAUGGCUGGGAACCACAUAACCCGACUACCCCCUGACCAGCUGGCUUACAUGGCGCGCACCAAAAAAAUUGACCUCAGGCUAAACCAACUCCAGAUCAUGCCAGCAGAAACAGUCAAGUUCCAGAGUCUAGAGCACGUCACUCAUGUUGACAUCAGGGACAAUCAGGUCACUGAACUAGAUUUCCGAUCUCUGAGAUGCCUGGAAUAUCUGAACUGUGACAGGAACCUCAUCAAGACAAUGCAACUGAAUGGCUCAGCCUUAAAACACCUGUAUGCUGCACAUAACUUUCUUCAAAGUUUGAUGAUCAGUCCCAAACCAGAGUGGGUGGUUAAUAUGGACAUUUCAUACAAUAAACUAAUUGAGUUGCCAGCCUGGCUCUCUGAUUGUUUUUUCCUGCUAGAUUUGAAUGUAAGCCACAACAGCCUGAAAGCUUUGCCAGAAAGGCUGUUCACAGACGCUACGAAAUUAAAAAAUGUCCGAGCCAAUCACAACCACUUGACACAGUUGCCAGACAAGAUCCGCAGCGACACACUGGAGGAGCUUCACCUUCAGCACAAUGGGAUCAAACAUUUGUCAACACAGCUGUUCAUCAUGGCACAUAGACUGAGGUAUCUCAACAUGACCAGGAACAAGCUGUGUGACCUGCCAGCCCCCAACAAAAAUGAUUCCUACAACAAACUCCAGGAGCUGUACCUGUCCUUUAACCUCCUGGGUAACGAGUGUCUGCACAAAAUUUGUUGCUUCCCCCGGCUACGUGUACUACACCUGGCCAAAAACAAGCUGACGGUUCUAGAGGAGACGGACAUAGAGAAGUUGGAACAGCUGACAGAGCUCAAUAUAUCUGGGAAUAUUUUAACUUACCUCCCUGCUGCACUGGGGCGCCACCCUAAACUUCAAGUGUUAAGAGCAAAUUGCAACUUGCUACAGGAGUUACCUGCCUUUAAAAACUCUUCUGCUCUCAAGGUAUUGGAGGUGAGCUCCAACCACCUAGUGAAGGUAAACAUGACAAAUUUGAUGAGUUCUCAGAUUGCUCAGCUUGAUAUUUCAGCCAAUCCCAACAUAGAACUCAAGUCACAUGAUGUCCAGGCUGCAAUAAGUUCCAAGAAGUUAAGUAUGGUUGAUAUCAGGGGACAGAACUGUAAUCUUGAUGAACUCAGGUCACAAGGGGAGAUAAAUGAUGAGCAUCUGUGGCAGACUGGGUUGUCCCAAACAUCAGGAAUAAGAAACAAAUUGUCAGUAUCAGCCAUCAACAAGCCACAGUUUGGUGAACCCGGUGAAGGUCUGUUUGCCAUCUUUGAUGGAGGCAGGAACGAAGUUGUGUCCAGCCUGCUGCGUGACGUCAUCCCACUGGUGCUGGCAGAGGAGAGGAUCAGGAGCAAGAGGCCAGAGGUCUACCUCAAGUAUAGCUUUCUCUCAGCUCACAGAAACCUGAAGCACCAAGGGCAGAAACUGGGAGCUGCUGCAGUAGUUGUUCAUCUUCAUAAAGACGACAGGGGAAGUAAUAUCCUAUCUGUUGCCAAUGUUGGAGAUUCACAGGCUGUGCUGUACAGACAGAAGAGGGCCCAUGUCUUGUCCAGACCUUUCCUUGUGGCUGAGGACAAAGAGGAUACCAAGAGGGUUGUCUCCUCAGGGGGGAUCAUCACUGAGGACGGCCGCAUCGCAGGGGUGACCACCAACACCAGACUACUGGGCUGCAGCUACCUGUAUCCAUAUGUCAUCCCUGAUCCACAUGUCACAUCCACAGUUCUAACACCAGAUGACAACUUUGUCAUCAUCGCCAACCAAGGGCUCUGGCAGUUUGUGUCAUAUGACGAGGCUGCCAGAGAGAUUAAAGAUUGUCCAGAUCCAGUGAUAGCAGCCAAACACCUGCAAGACUUAGCCCAGGGCUAUGGGUCCAGGGAAAACAUCGCAGUCCUGGUGAUCAGGCUCAUGCUCACACAAGGUGAAAGGUUAAAGAUCAAGGACAUGAUGAGAGCACAGAGGAAGAGUGAAAAAGAACAGCUGAAGGUGUUGACUAAGCAAGAGGACAUCCUACAGUUCAGGGAUGGGGUGCCAAAGGUGGAAGAACUGAAUGGCGUCAUCAUAGACAGGUCAGGGCAUGCCAAGAAACACAAAGGCAACAGAACACAGUUGCUAGAGUCUGGCUCUCUAAGAGGUUCUCCCUCUAAUGAAGAGGUGGGAGCACUUCCUGGAAGUCUGGGAAAUGUUUUCCCAGAGGCUUUGAUGGCAGACAGGAAAAGUUCUCUCAGGCACAAAUCCAGUCUUAGUACCAGUGAUGAGAACAUAAAGGUGGACGAUAAAAGGUUGUACAGAAAGAAGGGCUCCUCAUACUCGAGCAAAGAUAAUAUGUUGCAGAAACGCAACAUGGAGGAGAACUCUGGGCCAGUGGUGGACAAUAAUCAGACAGGGGCCAAACUCAGUGGAGUGCCGUCUGAAAACUCUGGUACAGUUUCUGAUGAUCAACAGACGGGAUUAAAACAAGGUUUUGAUGCUAAAAGCUCUGGUUCCAGCAUGUUGGGUGCUGCCACAGAGGUCAAUGACUCUGGUACAGAUGGUGAGGCCAAACGUUCCCACAGGAGGGUUAACUUGCCACGUCUAAACAUACCUGAGGCAAGGAGCAGUGAUGAUGUUGAUGACGACCCCUACAAUAAGUUAUCACCAAACGGAGGCUUCAACGUCUCGCCCACGGAGUCCAUCAGCUCUAUUGAUACCAGGAUCUACUAUGAGCUGGACGAGCUGUACCGCUUCAGGAACUCUACUGUCCCGCUAGGGAACGAGUUGAAUGAUUCCUCCACAUCAGAGGCUGACUUGAUACUGUCCCCUGAGAUCUACACCAGGCCACUCUCGCCAGACUCCAUCAUCUCACAGGACGAGUUCGUCAAGCCGUUCGUCAGUAGCGCCAACAUUGACAGGGACGCCUUGCUGUUCCACCAGAUGCAGAUGGCCAGAGCGCAGGCCCACGGCAGCACGGCCAGCCUGGACUCGAUACAGUCUGCCCCCAUGCACGCCUCCAGGCGGGACAUCUUCCCCGCUGCCAGAACCUCCUCCCACAGCAUCGAAGUCCUGGUCAACCUGGGCGUGGACGUGCACCUGACCGACUCUAUGAGAGACGGCCGGGUGGUGUGGGGCAGCAGUCUGGGUGACCUGAACAGUACAAAAAACAUGGCCGCUGACCCUGCUGACCGGGACUCACCUGGCGAGAUGGAGGACGAUGACCAGGGGACUCUGGUCGGCUCAGAUAAUGAUAUCGGUAAUCUGCAGGAUGUCUGCAGUGAUCAGGAGGAGGGGGAAUCAGAUGACCUGGUCUUACAGGGGAGAGGUCAGCAGGAGAGUGUCUGGAGCCCAGAGAGAAGUCAGCAGGAGAGUGUUUGGAGCCCAGAGAGAGGCCCGCAGGAGAAUGUCUGGGGUCCAGAGAGAGGUCAGCAGGAGAAUGUCUGGGGUCCAGAGAGAGGUCAGCAGGAGAAUGUCUGGGGUCCAGAGAGAGGCCAGCAGGAGAAUGUCUGGGGUCCAGAGAGAGGUCAGCAGGAGAAUGUCUGGAGUCCAGAGAGAGGCCAGCAGGAGAGUGUUUGGAGCCCAGAGAGGAAGGAUGAGUCUGACGAUGAUUCAGACAGCGACGACUCCAUAGGGAACGUCUCGCUAGAGGACGGCUACUCGGCCAUGGAGUUCUCUAGAGCCCUGAGGAAAGAAAGUCUGAGCUUGAUGAACAUGCUGGACAUUGACCAGGCUCAACACUCGCUGCGGCGUGGGGCGGGGAGCGGCAAAUAUCAAGCCUUUAUCACAGCUGGCAGGUCGUCAGGGUCAAGGUCAAACGUUUACGCGACAGUCGCAGAGGUUCAUGCAGAGGUGCCUCGCAAGAAGGUCAACAGUGAUUAUGAGGACAUUGAUAACGUGAGGCAGCUUAUGGCAGAUCAACACACGCAUAGUCAAUCUAACGCUGAUAAUGUUGAUACUUCACCAAACAACACACAUAUUACAGAUACCAAAAAGGCAGAAAACAAUUCAGCAGAAGUUGAUAUUGAUCAACUGUAUACUAAACUCAACAAAAUUAAAAGAGACAACAUAAAUGAUAAACAAAGGGAGAGUACCAAAAUAAAAGAUAAGAAAAGGAGUUAUCCUGUCGCGACACCUCACAACGACACAGCCGAGGCGAGCUAUGAUAAGAACAACGAGGGGGCAGACUCUGUCAUCAUUGUGACAGGUGGCAGGGACGGGGAGGAAACGGUGCUGCCCAGGGGUGACGGUCUCCCCCAGCACCUGAUGAACGCCGUCAACAAGUCUGGCUUCAUCCACCAGCCGGUCCACGACAGCAUCAAGUCACUGCAGCAGACACGCCCACCCGCCAUCUUCAAACGCGCCUCAACCAACUCUGCUCAACUCUCUUCCUCACCCACCCCCUCUUCUGCCAAAUCCUUCAAAUCUUCUCCCCCAAUGUGCAAUACGCCAAUAGUUACCGCCACAGGUCUUGUUGCUGACACCAGUCUUGAUGUGGCUGACACCAGUCUUGAUGUGGCCGACACCACAGUGGAUGUUGGACAAGCUUACAACAUGUCUUUCAUCAACCAGGAGAAUUAUCCAGAAGAUGAGCCCCCGCCCCUACCACCUAAGCCUCACGAAAGGCUGCUCUCCCAGCUUAACAACGAUUACAUCACACCCAUGUGGGCAUCAGGUCAACACAUCAACCGAGCCCCACCCAUUCCACCACGGAGAAGCAUCCCAAGCCCCAAGCAGUCACCCCGCCCCCUACCCCGCCACCACCUGCCUAAAGCAGUCAACACCAACGUCCUUGACUUUGAUGAGUCUGUGCUGUCUGCCCAUGAACUUUACCCUGACUCCCACCAGCCCCUCUCCUCCCAGUACUCUUCCACGACCAGUGUCUCGUCAGCAGCCAACAAACUCGCCUCACAACGCAGCAUUAUCAUCACUUACCUUUAGGUACCAGGUAACCUGCUUUCAUCACUUACCUUUAGGUACCAGGUAACCUCUAUAACUUACAUUUAGGUGCUUGGUCAAGAUGACCUACCUUUUAUAGCUAUCCUUAGGGUCAAGGCCAUUAUUAACAUUAUUAUAACUUUUGUAAUAUAUAGGUUUAGGGUUAUAAUAUUAUCAAGUUUCCGGUGCUGAGUUUAUUACUGCUUAUCUCUGAAGAAAACUGAUUACAUUUUUACAACUUCUACUGACUUAAUAAAAUACAUGUGGACAUAAUUUCCAAGAGUGAAACUAGAAGAGAUAAUUUAAUUACGCUGCAGGUGGGACUGCUAUUAGAUGUUUUGUUAACUUAAAGAAUAGGACAGGGCCUGGCAAUUCUAAGAAUUAUUGAAAUAUGCAUUGUCUAUUUGAAUUAAGUUUUUUAAAACUUAUUUUGGUGGGGGGGGGGGGUGUUGUGUCAGGGUGUGUGUACACCCCCCCCCCCCCCCCUUCCUCCCUCCCCCAGAGAGUUGCAUAAAGGAAACAUGAGUAAUUCACCUCUCUUUUAGCGGCAAUGUUUUCAUUUUUUCAUUCCAAUGGUAGUCUUUGAUAUUCCUAGUUUUAAUGUUGUUUACUAUUCUAAUGUAGUAUACUAAUAUUAAAUAUUACAAGUUCUAUUUUAGGAUAUUUCAGGUUCUUCAUCUUCUUUUUCCUUGUUCUUAAUUAAUGCUGGACAGUUUAUCCCACAACACAGUUAAGUGUUACAUGUCAACUUGUUUGGUGUCAUAAAAUCCAUGACUUUAACUUCCGCCUGCUUUUCUGUUUAAAUUUGCUUCCAUAGCCUUUGUCUACCCAAAAACAAACUACAAGGAAGCAGUUGUUUGAUUUUAAGUUUUUCUUCUAGAUGGGUUGCUGUCCCCAGCCAUCAAGCCUCAUCUGCCAGGGGUUUGAACUUGGGACUUUUUUUGUUCUGUUGUAGCAUAUCAUUUCUGCUGUAAGUUCUAAAAAAAUUUAAUGAACUUUUAAAUGUGUUGCAGUUAAUUAUUAGCAUAAAAUUAAGUCUAAAAUACUCUCAGAGAUGAAUUUUUUCUUGUAAAAUACUGCUAAAUUAAUUUUGUAUAAAAUCAGAAAAAUGCAAAUAGAUUGACCAAAAUGGCCAGUUAUUUUGCUUGCACUAAACUUGUUCUAGGUAUUUGUGAUGUAAAAAAAUGUAUCCCAGGCAUGUGUGUGUUUAUGUGAAUCUCCCGGUGUUUGGAUGACUCAUACAGGUCAGCAUUGAUUGCCAUUGUUGUUGUGGAACCAAAAUAAAUACUUCAAUAUGUGGCUACUGG